CCCUGUCGUUCACAGUCAAUUGUACAAUCGGGCAACAAGCGUGCGGCAAUUCCAUGGCGACUUCGACGGCAACGAAAGCUCGACGCGAAGGGGAGAAGGUAUGGUGUCCGGAUCCGCGGAAUGUGUGGCAAUUGGGGUCCAUCGUCGAAGACGACGGCGACUCUCUCUUUGUGCUCACCCCCGACGACAACGAAGAGCACAAGUUCAACGUGUCGCAAACCCAUCCAUUCGAUCCGUCGCAUUCGAUGCUGUUGCCGAACGUGUCAGACAUGGACAACUUGCACGAAGCGCCGCUCUUGGACCUGCUCCGUCGACGGUACAUGGAGGAUUUGAUCUACACGUUCACAGGGGACAUUUUGAUCUCCAUCAACCCGUACAAGAACAUCCCGUUGUUGUACAACUUCCCCGACAUCGGGUCGUUGAGCAAGCAGGAAAACCCCACGCCCCACGUGUACGUCACCGCUGACGGCGCGUAUCGCGCGUUGCAAAGCACGGGAAAGUGCCAAUCCAUCUUGGUCUCGGGGGAGUCUGGCGCCGGAAAGACGGAAGCUGCCAAGUACAUCAUGCGGUACUUGGCGAAUAUUAGUCAGUCGUCCAAGUCCUCCCAUGUGAACGGCGGCGGGUCCGUCGAGCAAUGUGUGCUACAGAGUAAUCCGCUACUGGAAGCAUUUGGGAACGCCAAGACCAUUCGCAACGACAAUUCGAGUCGUUUUGGCAAAUUCAUCAAAAUCAACUACGACCGCGACGGCAAGAUCUGCGGCGCGAGCACCAGCCAUUUCUUGCUCGAGAAGUCGCGAAUCGUCGGGUGUUCCGAGAACGAGCGCAAUUACCACAUUUUUUACCAAAUUUGUUCCGGUUUAACCGACGCCGAGCGAGCGGCGCUGCAUUUGGAACGCGCGGACGACUACGUGUACUUGAACCAAGGCCACUGCAUCCAAUGCCCAGAAGUAAACGAUAAAAAGUGCUUCAAAGAGCUCGUGGACGCGAUGGACGUCAUGGGCAUCAGCGCCGACCUCAAGCACAACAUAUUUACUCUCGUCGCGUCCGUCCUGCAUCUGGGCAACCUCAACUUUGUCGAAAAUGCCAAAAACGAAGCGACGUGUCCAGACAAAUCCCAAGUGGCCGUGCUGGCGUCGUUGUUGGAGGUGACGCCCCGCGAACUUGAGUUUGCUCUGUGCAUGCGAACUGUGAGUGCCGGCGCUCGUGGAAGCGUGGCCGAGAUCUGUUUGUCGGGGGUGGACGCUGGCAAAUCGCGCAACGGGCUCGCGAAAGCGAUUUACUCGGCCUUGUUUGAUUGGCUCGUGGACCGCAUCAACGUGGCGACGGCGCAAAUGACGGGCGCGGUGCCAAUGAACGACGUCGGGGCGUCGCGGUUCAUUGGUAUUUUGGACAUUUUCGGGUUUGAAAUCCUCGCCGUCAACUCGUUCGAGCAGCUGUGCAUCAACUACACCAACGAAAUGCUUCAGCAGCAGUUCAACCAGCACGUGUUUGUGUACGAGCAAGACGUGUACGUGGAGGAAGGAAUCGACUGGUCGAAAUUGUCAUUCCAAGACAACAUUCCGUGCUUGGAAUUGAUUGAGAAGCGACCGUUGGGGAUCCUGAUCUUGCUGGACGAGCAAGCGUUGAUGGGCCGCCGCGCCUCGGACGAUAAUUUUAUCCAAAAAUUACACCAAACCCAUGAAAAACACGCCAAUUAUAUCCGUCCUCGUUUUGGCAACGAAGAUUUCAUCAUCAAGCAUUAUGCCGGACAAGUGACGUACAAGGUAGCCGGGUUUCUCGACAAGAACAACGACUCGCUGCACAACGACUUGCUGAAUCUGACCAACAGCAGCACCAUGGCGUUCCUCCGCGGGUUGUUUGCAUCGUCCACUCCACCAGGCGACCAAAAACUCAAGCGCGCGUCCAUGACGAAAAUGACGGGUACUAUGACCGUGGGCCGCAAGUUCCGCGAGCAAAUGACCGAACUCAUGCAGCAACUCAACACGACAACUCCUGCGUUUGUCCGCUGCGUCAAGCCCAACAACGUGCGGUUUCCCCAAGGCUGGAAUGCCGAAUUGAUUCUAAACCAGCUCAUUUACUUGGGCGUGAUGGAGACGGUGCGGAUUCGACGCUCGGGGUUCCCCGUCCGCCGCACGUUCAACGAAUUCUACCUCAAGUACAAACUCCUGUACAACGUGUACGCCGCCAAGACCAAGGCACGCCCUACCACCGUUGGUGACAAGGACAAGUGCGAGCUUAUUUUGACCCACGCCGUGGAACGAGACAAUUGGCAACUUGGCAAUAAAAAAGUGUUUAUGCGUGACUCGCAGCUGCGGCUACUAGACGCCGCCAUCCGAAAGGUGCGCGUCGAGGCCGCCAUCACCGCCCAAGCCUACGUCCGACGGUUCCUCCAGCGAAAACAGUACCUCCGCGUGCGCGCCGCCAUCAUUCAAGUCCAAGCCAACGUGCGCAUGUUUGUCGCGCGCACAAAGUUCCUGCGCCUGCGCCAUCGCAUCACGUCGUUCAACGCAUGCGUCCGGCGAUGGCUGGCGCGCCGUCGGUAUCUGCGCAUGAAGCGCGCGGCCAUUUGCAUCCAAGCCGGCGAACGAGGGCGUAAAGCUCGUAUGUUGGCAAAAUACUUGCGAGCAGCCCCCAAAGCCCAAACUGUGAUUGCCAAGCACUUUCGUGGGUACUUGGCUCGCAAAUACGUGGCCAAGCUCAAACAAAGUGGGUUCAUCGUCAAAGCAUCGGUGCAGGCGUACGUGACGCGCCAGCGCUUCCUUCGCCUUCGUCAUGCUGCGAUUGCCAUUUCCAAGUCGGCCAAACGAUUCCUGGCAGUGCAACGGUAUCGACGCCAGCGACAGGCGGCAAUUAUCAUCCACGCCGUGGGUCGAGGCUUCCUCGCCCGCUUAAAGUAUGGCAAGAACGCCCGCCUUCGAGCACACAUUCGAUCCAAUGCGCAAACGGCCAUUUCAAGAAUGGUCCGAGGGUAUUUGGGCCGCCUUCACUUCCGCGCGGCACUACGGUGUAUUGUCAAGGUCCAAGCGCGGUGGCGCGCAAACCGAGUGCGCACGCUGUACAUCCAAGGUCGUCAAGCUACGAUCGCGUCGCAGGCCAUGAUCCGGCGGUCGUUGGCGCGGCGCAAGUUCCUUCGGGAAAAGAAGAUGGCCACGCGGCUGUGUGCGUUUGGUCGCAUGAUCAUUGCGCGUCGGGCGUAUCUGAAAACCAAGCGGCAGAUUGUGCUCGUGCAGUCCCUUGUGCGCCGGUAUCUGCAGCGCAAACAUUAUCGCCACAUCAUGCGCCAAUUUGUGCUCAUCCAAGCCAUGUGGCGCCGCCAUCAAUGCGUCCAGACGUACCAGCGUCAACGGUGGGCCAUCGUCCAGAUCCAAUCGCUUGGGAAAAUGAUUCCCCAACGUCGGCGAUUCCACGCUGCCCGACAGGCGGCGACGGCCAUGACGGCGUGCGUUCGCAUGUUUUUGGCGCGGCGGCGGUACCUCCGCGCCCGCGCAGGGUUUGUCCGUCUGCAAGCCCGAUGGCGAAGCGUGGUCGCGCGCCGCCAGUACAUGUCCCACAUCGGUCUUAUCGUCAAAGUGCAGUCGGCGAUCCGAGCCAAACUCGCCCGCAAGCAGAUGCAGACCCAGCGGCGCGGCCUCCUUCGCGUCCUAGCGCUCAUGCGCAAGUACCUGGCGCGCAUCCGACUGCACAAGAAAAUCGACCAAAUGUUUGCAGCUGCCCACGCGUUCGACUUAUCCACGAUCUUGGCCAUGGCCCAGGACAAGGAGUUUCCCAAUGCUACCAUGGUUCGCGUUCGAGACAAGCACAACCACAUGCGGUCGCUCGUGCACAUCGCCGCCCUCAACGGCGACCUCAACCUGGCGCGGUUCGUGCUGUCCGAGAUCCCCGGCAUGGAAGACCAAGUGAUCGGGCGCGACAACCUCGGCAACACGCCGCUGCAUUACGCGGCUCGCCUCGUACAUCUGGACAUGGUCAAGUACUUGGCCAAGAUUGUAAACCGCAUCAACCCGUCGCAAGACUCGGCCAAACACGGGACGUCGAGAAAGUCCGCGUCUCCAGCCAACAGCAACAACUCCCCCGUCAACCAAGGCUCCGAUAUGCUGCGCAAAGACUCUUCGUUCAGCCAAACCGCCCCGCGGUCGCCAGUGGGUACCCCCCUUUGGUCGCCAUCGAUGGGAGGGGGAGCUAACAACACCCCCGGGGGCAAGACCAAACGUCGAGCGCUCGUGUCCAGUGCGUCGGCGAUGCCUCCAAACCCCGCGGUGCUAACAACUGUGGAAUUGCCUCCAGAUACGACCAAAGUGCUCAAGGCCGGGCCGCUUCGGACGGCCAGCGGCGCGAAGAUGGCGUCCAAGCGACAUGUGGUGCUGGACGAAUACGUAUUGGCGCUGUACAAGUCGUCCACGGAUAGAAUUCCAGUGAAAUUGAUCGAAUUGCAAGACGUGACGCUGCGCCGUGCCACGACGAUUGAAAACUGCUUUGAUAUUUUGUCACCACGGUUGAAAUGCGCCAAAGACCCGUACGGCAUCGUGUCGUUUGUGGCCGACACGGAGGCCGAGAUUCACGACUGGAUGAAGGCGAUUCGCGAGGUGCCCAUGGUGCGCAUUGGCACGCUGGUACCGCCGAAUCCGUCGAUGAUUUGCAUCGAUUGGUCGAAUCGAAAGGAAUGGAUCAACGCCAAGAACAACCAGCACGAGUCGGCUCUGCAUUUGGCCGUGCAAAACCAAGAGGACGAAGGCUUUGAAGCCGUCAAGACAGCCGUGUGGCUCAUCGAAAACGACGCCGACAUCAACGCCAAAGACCACGCUGGCAACACGCCGCUGCAUUACGCUGUCCACGAAGAACGCGACGAUUUGGUCGAAUCUUUGCUCAAGAAGGGCGCGCUCGUGACUGUAACCAAUAAUGCGGGGCAAACUCCGCUGGAUAUGGCGGAUGAGCAGUCGACCAAGGACCUCUUGGCCCCUGGCGCCGUCGUCUCGGUACCGACCGAUCGGUUUAACUUGCUCGCCCGCCCCAAGGGACCCCACAAAGUCAAGAACGCCACGUACGUGUCGGUGCUGUUGUCGGCGGUGGCCAUCGCUGGCGCCGUGAUGCAGACCCCGCACUUUCGCAUUUACGUGAUGGACGUGCGCGGGAAUGUCGUCGACACCCCGCAGCACACGCCCGACGCGUUGAUUCAAGACGGUCCGUCCCUGUGGUUUGGAAACACUUGGCAUUUGCAAGUGCCACUCGAGCACAUGACGGAGGGUUGUGUGGCAGUGUUUGAAUUGCUUCGGUACGACUACCACACGGAAAAGCCCGAUGUGUUUUGCUGGACAUUUUUCCGACUGGACUUGAGCAAAAUCUCGAGCGCGCCGCUGACGUUUGAAAUGUACGCGCCCCCUGUAAACCCGUCGAGCCAGAUCUUGGCCAAGAUGCUCGGGGACUCGUUCUUCCAAGCCGACUUGAGCAUUUCGCUAUAACGUUCGUCGAACUAUACGAUUCUAAACAACUACUACUACACAUUACUCCGACUUUGCAGUUUCACAUGGGAAAGCUAC